AUGAAUCAUCUUUUGGCCCGACUGCCCGGCCGCCUGACCCUCGCCCGCGUUCCCGGAGCUCCUCUGACAUCUCCGUCCUGGCCCCGGGGUGCCCAGAGGGUUCACCCACGGUGGGGACACCGAGAGGAGGGCCCGCGCCCAGCUCCGCACCUAGUCGGGCUCCUGCCCUCUCGCCCCCCAGAUCCCGACUGGGCCUCCUACAAGCUGGGCAUCUUCAUCUGUCUGAACUGCUCCGGCGUCCACCGCAACUUCCCGGACAUCAGCAAAGUGAAGUCCGUGAGGCUGGACUUCUGGGACGACAGUAUAGUGGAGUUUAUGACCCACAACGGGAACCUCCGUGCGAAGGCCAAGUACGAAGCCAGAGUCCCUGCUUUCUACUACAUCCCCCAGGCCGGCGACUGCCUGGUCUUAAAGGAACAGUGGAUUAGAGCUAAGUAUGAGAGACAGGAAUUUACGGCCGAUGGGAAAACCAUCUCACCCUCAGGUAACCGAGAAGGGCUCCUGUGGAAGCGGGGGAGGGACAACGCGCAGUUCCUGAGAAGGAGAUUUGUCCUGUUGGCGAGGGAAGGCCUUCUGAAGUACUACACUAAAGAAGAGGGUAAAAGCCCCAAAGCUGUCAUCAACAUCAAGGACUUGAAUGCCACCUUCCAGACGGAGAAGAUAGGGAACCCCCACGGGCUGCAGAUCACCUACCAGAAAGAGGGCCACAUCCGGAACCUGUUUGUGUAUCACGAAAGUGGCAAGGAGAUAGUGGACUGGUUCAAUGCCCUCCGUGCAGCCCGUCUGCAGUACCUAAAGACAGCCUUUCCUGAGCUCCCAGAGUCUGAGCUCGUGCCCCUCAUCACGAGGAACUACCUCAAACAAGGCUUCAUGGAAAAGACUGGUCCGAAGCAGAGAGAACCUUUCAAGAAAAGGUGGUUCGCCCUGGACCCCCAGGAACAGAGGCUGCUCUAUUACAAGAGCCCACUGGAUGCCUUUGAGCUGGGCCAGGUGUUUCUCGGGAGCCAGGAGCAGGGGUACGAGGUGUGUGAAGACCUGCCCAAGGGCGUCCGAGGGAGUCGCUGGAAAGCUGGCCUCACCAUCGUCACCCCCGAUCGCAGAUUCCUCUUCACCUGCCCCAGCGAGAAGGAGCAGGGCGAGUGGCUGGAGAGUUUUCGGGACGUGCUCUCCCGUCCCUUGACGGCCCUCCACCUCCUCACUACAUCAAAAGAGAGUGGCCACAGCAGCAGGUGACCCACUGGUGGAGGAGC